GGGCGUUCUGAUUUGACAAGACUGUCCAUCUCUGAGCUCAUGUCCUCGGGCGAGACCUUCUCUGCUUUGGAUCCAUAGAAUCCCGGAAUGGCAAUGGCUUGGUGGAAGACGCUCGUGUUCUGUUUGUUGUGCUGCGCUUUUCCAGGGCAGCCGACGGUGUCUGUGAAUGUCAAGGACGGGGUGGAAUACUGCUUCAUGGAGAACCUGCAAGAGUUUCAGAAAGUUCCUAUGAGCUACACGUCCUCCCAGCCUGUCCCGCCCUGGCUCAGCGGUACUCUGGUGAGGAACGCGCCUUCCCAGUUCACCGUGGGCGGCCGGAGCGUCAGCAAUUACUUCGACGGCUUCGCCAAACUCCACAGCCUCGACAUCGACCAGCACUCCGUCAACUUUUCCGCCAGUUUCCUCAAAACAGGCGUCUACAGCAGGUCAAUCGAAGCCAAUGACAUCCACCCUGCGCCUACGUUCAUGGGAGUAGACCCACCGUUCAGCCUCCUGGAGCGGUUCCGAGCACUGUCGAACCCGGGAGACAACACCAUCGUCAACGUCUGGAAUUUCGGAGGUGAUUUCGCCGCCCUCACAGAUGCAUGGAUUUUUACUCAGUUUAAUCUAGACACAUUGGGCACGAUCGGUGUCUCGGUACCCGACCCCACACUCGGAAACGGAGGAUGCCAGACCAGAGAUAUUUACAUGUCCUGCGCGCAUCCCGUGGUAGAACCAGGGACGGGACACGCCAUCAAUUUUGUAGGGAAGCUCUCAUUUUUCCCCGGACAGCGCGACACUGUAAGCGUCAUCAGAAUAAAAGACUUGCACACGUUCGAGAUACUGGCUAGCUUGGAUGUCGACAAAAUGUGGUACAUGCACAGUUUUGGUCUGACGGAAAACUUCGCAAUCUUCUUCGCGCAGCCUUUCUACUACGAUUAUUUCCGAUUUCUCACCACAGUUGAGCUGCGACACUCUCUGUAUUAUGUCCCAGACGACGGCAUGAAGAUAUACGUCGUCAACCUCAAAACGGGUAACGUCACUACGCUGCACACAGACGCCUCGCUCUACACGCACCACGUCAACGCGUACGAGACAGGCGACGGGCGCAUCGUCACCGACAUCGUCAUGCUUUCAAAUAGCAAAGCUUUCACGGAAGGUUUGGCUCGGUCUAGAUUGACCAACAUUACCUCCAUCAGGGAGAUUCAGUCACCAACAAGGAUCUGUCGCUACAUCCUCGACUUGAAGACGGGAAACGUGGAAGCCACACCUUUCGUGUCCCAAAUUCCUACUGAAGACUUUCUGAACACGUUGGAUCUCCCUGUCAUCAACGAGAAGUACCGUACAAGGCAGUACUGCUACGUGUACGGCAGCGUCACGAGUUUCCACAGCAACAACCCGGUCCAGGGUGCUGUCCCCUUGGUCAAGAAAAACGUCUGUCUCCCACAUAACGACACCCUCUGGAGCCGCCCCAACCACUACGCCAGCGAGCCGAGCUUCGUUCCCGACCCGUGCGGCACGGAGGAGGACGACGGCGUCAUUCUGUCCUCCGUGCUGGACGGAGACAGAGGCCUGAACUACCUGCUGAUUCUCGACGCGCGAACCAUGGAGGUGAUGAACACGGCCUACAUGCCCACCUGGAUCCCGUACAACUUUCACGGACAGUUCUUCCCCAGAUCCUUCCCUGCUCCUCCGGGCACAUCUCCCCACUACGAGCUGUGAGUGAGAUGUCUGCAAACAAACUGAUCAAAUAGCACAUUUAACGUUAAUAGCUGUUAUAUUUCAAAACGACGUGCGGCGGAGAUUGAAAUAUGCAACUUUUCAAAACCAACUGUUGUUGUUCAACGAAUGUUCCAAAAUAGCUAAAGAUCACAUCGCUUUUCCUCAUAGUAAAUGUGUGAAAUGUGGCCGCAGAAUUUCGGGGUGGGGUGUAUUUUCCAGUCUUCACAAUUGCAAUGGUCCGUCACUGUAUGAAACAUGACAAUUAUCUAAUGCGAGGAACACAGACCGGGAAGGACAACCGUGUCAUGUUAAUUUGUCGCCAGUUUUGUACAUAUUCUA